AUGUCGAUGCGGAGGAGACAGAAUGGCGUGGUGCCGAGUCAGGACUUCAAGAGCGUGAAGCUGGGUGCAGAUGACAAGAAGAAGUCGCAGAGAUUCAGGUGGAGGAAGAGAACCUUCUUGGGGAUACCCGUGCUGGUUAUGAUUGUCUUUGGCCUCAUUCACCUCGUCAACUUUUUCUUUGGCUACGUACCAUUGCUAUGGGACGAUCCGGCAUCAACAUCGCUCGAUUGGACAGUGCCAGGCCAGCUUCUCGACAUUACUCGCGACGUUACACCCGUUCCAUGCCACUCUCACAACGACUACUGGCGCCGCGUUCCAUUAUACGAUGCCCUCCGCUGGGGCUGCACUGGCGUGGAAGCCGACGUCUGGCUUUUCGAUAAAGAGCUCCUCGUCGGCCACAGCACCAACGCACUAACUCAAAACCGAACGUUCCGAUCAAUGUACGUUGACCCCUUGGUGAAGAUGCUCGACCACAAGAACCAGCUCGGCAAUUACGCAGCCACCUCAAGUAUAAAGAACGGCAUCUUCGACACUGUCCCCAAGCAAACUCUCGUCCUGCUCAUCGACUUCAAAAACGACGGCCGCGACAUCUUCCCCGUCGUGUCUUCGCAAUUGAGUGCUCUGCGAGAGAAGGGCUACCUCACGUACUUUGACGGCGAAAAGACAAUCCCCGGCGCCAUCACCGUCGUCGCAACAGGAAACGCCCCCUUUGACCUCGUCACCGCAAACAGCACCUACCGCGACAUCUUCUUCGAUGCCCCGCUCGCCCAAAUGUCGUCUGACGCUGCUCUGAACCCACAAGGCGGACAAGGCACCAUUGGCACAACGCCCGACUCUCACUUUGAUUCGACCAACAGUUACUACGCCUCGGUUGACUUCCGCAAAUCCAUUGGCUUUGUGUGGUGGGGCUCGUUGUCGGAGAAGCAGCUGGAGCUAAUCCGCAGUCAGAUCCGUGGAGCGCAUGAAAGGGGCCUCAAGGCAAGGUAUUGGAGCGCGCCCAAGUGGCCGAUUGCGCUGCGGAAUCGUGUCUGGAGAGUGCUGGUGGCAGAGGGCGUUGACUAUCUGAACGGCGAUGAUCUGCAAGGCAUGACGAGGUUGGACUGGGGUGUCAAGAAACACUGGAGUUUAGCUGGGUAG